CUUGGGAGUUCCGAAAACUCGCCUACUUUUGGCAUCUCCCCGAGCUCCCUCGAACUCCUUCCUCCCUCGACCCGCAGACGACGCGCGGGCAGACCACGAUUCCAACAACAAAGUCUGGUGCGUUUGCUGCCAGCUUUGGAAUCAGCUGUUCCAGUAAGUUCUUUUCCUGCAAGAAAAUAUCCAUGCAAAGCUAACGACGUAUCGCAGGCGUUUCCCCUUUUUUACAAGUCUUGCCUUUCAUCUCUGAACAAUGGCUCCGAACCUCCGUUCUACCUCCCGAGCCACCUCGAACAACUCGCGACUGUCUACUCCUAUGGAUGCAUCGCCGGCAGUGGAUUCCUCUUCCUUCACUGA